CUGAGUGCCAGCACGGCGGCUCUCUGUGAGAUUGAGUUAGAAAUAUGCGUUCUGGUUGAAUAUCAUAUAAUUUUAAUUUUUCUCCAAGAAACAGUCAGAAAAUAGAAAAAAAAUGGGUAAAAAAGACGCUUCCACCUCCAGAAUACCAGUAGACCAAUACCGUAAACAAAUAGGAAGACAAGACUACAAGAAAAACAAGCCUGUAUUAAAAGCAACAAGAUUAAAAGCCGAAGCCAAGAAAACAGCAAUAGGGAUAAAGGAGGUGAUCCUGAUUACCAUUGCCAUCUUGGUGUUCCUGUUUGCAUUCUACGCCUUCUUCUUCCUUAACUGGACCAAGACGGACUUUGAUGAAGAGUCAAGUAACUAGAACCAUUUCUCAGUGCAUUUUAUACAGAAUCAGUGAACGGUUAUAAAAUCAAUGCGUUACAAUGUUUUUGCAGGAUGUAGAUAUGCAUUGCACUGUCCCAACGAUGUGUAUAUAAUCCUUGCUGAAAUUAUUCCACUUUUGGGUGUCUGAUCACUUUAAUUUGCUGUAUGCAGAAAUCUUAAUGCAAAAACCACUCUACAUUCCAUUUUAAUUAGAAAUCUGAGAAUAUUUUUUCACAUUUGCUUUUUUAAUUGUAAUUGUUCUGAUAAUUAAUGAUUUAAGGAAUGUUUCAAAUGCCUUACAGAUCAGUUUUUAAUCUCAUGUUUUCAGUAUAUUCUCAUGCAUUUCUUUAGAAUCUUUUCAUGGAUACUGAUGUGAAUGCAUCAAUGCUCUACUGUAAAUUUGACUUUAUUACAUAAUGAAAUCUAGAAUAUUGGGAGUACGCAAUUAUAAAAGGUCAAAUUUAUCAAUAAAAUAUACAUUCCUUGAA